AGAAUUUUUAAGUUUUGCAUUUUCUGUAAUAUAAACAAAAUUAUUUAGAUUUUAAUUUAAAGAGUUUUUAACGUUUUUAACGGACUUUAAAUGUAAUCCAAGGUUUAAGCGAAACAUGGAUUCCCGGGCUACAGCUCUAGCCAAAUUAGUUUUAGGCUAUUUAAAAUCGGAAAAAUGCAAAUCCGCUUACAACGAAUUUUUGCAAAAUUCAGCAUGUUUCCAGCGAUACAGUAGUUCUCAGAGCAAGUACAUAGCUACCCGAUACAUCGGUUUAACAUUGGAAGAUAUUUUUAUACAGUACUCUGAUUUAUCGCAGAUAAUUCAAGGGCGAUUAGAGGCAACAAAUUACUAUAACGAGCAACAUCCAAACGAAAAUCUCGUAGAUCAACUCCAAUAUUUAUUAAGUAAUGGCCCUUCAAGUCGACCAUCCACACCUGGCUUAAGUUCUCAAAGGUCUUUUAGAGAUGAAGUCAGUCCUCACCGCAGUGAUGUGGAUACUACUCAAAGUGAUGCUUUACCAGGCAACAGCCCCGUGGAAAAAUACUCUAGUUCAAAACGUAAAUCGGGUAAUAGGCAUGGAUGGAAAGCUUUAGCAACAUCUUCUCCAUCUUCUUCAUUUGAGGUACAAACAUCAGAUAUUAUUAAUACUGAGGUUUUAGCAGAAAGUUUAUUAGAGAAUAAAGAAUUUCACGAGAAAAUCGCCCAAACCAUCAACAAAGUGGUAGAAAGGCAGUUCGAUUCGACAGUGAAAGAGGUUAUACAAGAAACUGAAAGGGAUCCUAUUUUCGAUAAAAUUUUAGAAGAAAUUGUCGGAACAUCCACUAAUAAUGAAAUGUCCAAAGAAAUUGGUUCUCAUAACAUGAUGACAAGGUGCAUUGGUUCGCCUUGUACAUCACUUGACAAUGAAAAAGAAAAAAUGAGCAAUAGUGAAGAAAUAUCACCAGCUAAAGUACAAAAACCAAAUAAGGAAAAACAUAAUAGCAAUAGUAAAUGUACUACUUUACCUGAUAAUCCACUCAACUGUACACCUCAACUACCUGGAAGCGAACAAGUUGCGAAUUUAGAGAACUACUUUCUAGCCGUUCCAACGACGCCUUCCAUUCCCAAUCCCUUUUAUCUCAACACCAUGACCAGCUUGUUAAUUCCGCCGAUAGCGACUGUGGUUGUAAAUAAACCACCGCAAUCUUCGGCAUUCAUUACCGAACAAGACAUAAUGAAAAUGCCGGUUAUUUUAAACGACGACCGAAAUAUCGCCGCAAAUCCUACUGGGAGCGUAGGAGAGAAAGAAAAUGUUUCUCCCAAAACCCCAGCUGUUCCUAAAGUGGGCGCAUCGCCGAAAGAACUCCAGGAAUUCUUCAAGAAUUACCGACCGGACGAAACGAAGGAGUUAUCUACCGUUAAAAAGACUGGUUUAAAGCGCGUGAUCUACCCAAAACUGCCUAAUAAACCGCAGAAUUCCACGAAGAAAAUAGACAAUUUACCAGAGACGAUUAGUACAAAUACCGCUACCUCAACCGCUGCGAACGACAAAGAAUGCACCAAUAAAAAUUCGAGUUCGGACAUGAAAAGCAAAACGCCUUUGUCGGACGCCACUAAAAAACCCACGCCGAAGAGCAGCUCUCACAUUCGCAGUUUGAAUUUCACGACCCCUCCCAAGAGCAAUUUCUCCCAAAAGCCGCCCGACAGCGAGGCCAAGAAAGUCGUCAAAACGCUCUUCGAGAAAUCCAAGCCGUAUGCCUGGGACUCGGAUCUUCGCGAAAUCGUCAAAAGCGAUCUGCCCUUGACCAAGCGAGCCGCCGUUAAGAAAAAGCCGCUCAAGAGGGGGCGAAAGCCGAAAACGGCCAAAUCGGAGAAACCACCCGAACCCGAGAAGAUCCCCGAAAACUCGGAACCGCCGGGCAACUCCAACGAAAACGAACCGAUCAGUAGCAAGGAGACGAUAGUGGAUAAAGAGGAACAAUUCAUUACACCAGUCACGGUAAAAGAGCCUGUUGUCGUUGUUAACCCGACGAAAGCUGUUUGUAAUAUCACAUCUAUGCUGGAAACUCCUUACAAAUCCGACCAACACCCUAAAACUCCCGGUGUAGCAACACCCAUGAACUUCAACGACGACGGUACACCGUUCACCAAAAUGCUGGACGCUAAUUUGAACGGAGUGGACAUAAAUUCCAUAGAGACACCGAGUCUACUCAACACGCCCGGGUUCCCCCCGAUCACGCCUAACAUAGACAUGCUAUCGCCUUACCCUAACAGGCCAACUGAUUACUCUACUGGCAGCUCGUAUUACCAACCGUCGGACAGCGAGCAAAAUAAGAUGCUCGAAGCCGAAGUGAGGCAAGUGGAGAAGAAUUACUCCGAGUUAACGAUCAAUUUAAUCGAUCAUACGAAAUACUUCAACAAAAAUAUCAUCGGCAAAAAGAACCUGAAUUUGCUCAAAGACGAUUUAUCCGAUUGCUCCCAAGAUUCGAACGAAAAUAUGGAGGAUUCGAGUUGGUGCGGAAAGGAAAGCAACGACACCGUUAUAUUCAAAAAGAAAACCGAAACGCCCAAGAAGUUUUAUUCGCUGAGAAAACGAGUUAAAAAAGUCGAGUCUGCCAACAAGAAACCAGCAAAGAAAGAUAAAAAACCGCCAGCUGCUGCUUGUCCUGUUCCCAAGCAAUCGCCGAUCGAAGAAGACAAAACCAAGAGCAAGAAACCCGAUCAAUCGCCAUCGAAAGAGGAGCUCGCUGAGCAGUUCUCCCUAGCGAGGGAACUGGAGAAGAAACGCUUGAAAAUGGUGAACUCGCUCAAAGAGGCCAACGAGACAUCGUCGAAAGUCAAAAAGCAGACGAACGGAAAGUUCAAGAUCAAACCGAUAGCCAAAGUGUUCACUUCGAAGGCCAGCAAAAAGAGGAAACGCAACCAAGAGAUGAUAAGAACCGUAAUGAACGAUUUAAGGACGAGCGACGAUUCCGAGCUGGACCUUUCGCUAAGCGAAAACGAAAGCGCUGAAAUAGACGAGAAAGACUUGGAUAAAUCGAAAACGUUCAAAACUGUAUCGGACGUCGAGGCGCAGAAUCUAAUAGACGGGUUGAAAGAAAGAGGAAUUCACCUGAUGCAGAAUAAGAGCCCCAAGAAGCAACUCGUUGACAAUAAAGAGGUGUUAAGUUCGAGUCAAAUACUCGAAAGCGAGGAAAGGGAAAUAUUCGAUACGUUCACCACCGACGAGUGCAUAAGUAUCGUUUACGAUGGAAAAAAUAAAGCGGGUUCGAGCGCUGUUGACAAACCUAAAGCUUCCGAGUCGGAUCAGACGGAGUUUAUCGGGAAAAUCUACUUGGAACGCAUAGAUAAGGAGGUGGAUAUUCAUUUGAAACAAACGGAUUUUUUCUCAUUGUUAGAUGUAGUUCCCAAGCCGGGUAACACGAGCCCAGCUGCGACCGUGCAAUCUGACGAAAUCAAAAAGGCCACGAAUAAACCUGAUAGUAAAGCGAGUGAAGAUUUGACGAGUUCCACGUCGACGAGAAAAGAGAAAAUUGAAGAAAAUUCACCGAACAAAUCGAGGAAAAGAAGAUUUUCAGACGAUUCUGAAUCAGAAAAAACCUGUACGAAAAUGCUAAAGUCUUUAGAUCUAGAUUCUUUUCUCAACAUAAUUCACCAGGAGAAAGAAAAAGAGACCAAACCAAAAAAAUGACAUAGAAAUGUAGUGUCAAAAAAUAAUGUAAGUUAAAAAACGUCGAUUUAAGUUUAUUAUUUGAUUCCGAGUAUUACUUAUAUGUACUGCGUACAUUUUUUUUUAUUUUAGAGAAAUGAUUAUUUUAUUUCAAUGAAUAAAAAUGUUUUAUUUAUCUUUCUUACAACAAGUCUUCUUCUGAUCUAAUGUAUUCACCUAUGUCCGCUUGAUGGAAACAAACUGUCGCUAACGGAUCGGCAUGUUUACAUUCCGCUGUUGAUCUAGCCGCAACCCCGAAACCCAAAGGUAAAUCGGUCAUGCUGUAAACGACUACUCCUUGGUAUUUUUCAGCGUUUUCACUAAUUCUGCCCAAUCCUGAUUUCGCCACAUGGUUUCCGUACAAAAAUUGUUGUUCCGCUGCAGCUUUCAACCAAAUCUUACUCUGCAAUAAUGAAGACUAACUACCGAGAAACUUAAAUAAAUACCUUUACCUACUUGAGCAUACGGGGCUAAGUAACUCAAAGCAGUUACGUGUAAACGAAAUUUAUUGGAUUUCGUAAAUUUGCCGAAACACGUGCCUACGCAUAUGAGAUGUUCUGGUGGCAUAUUGUUGGCCCAUUUUAAUAUUUUUUCGGAGACGUAAUAGAUCCUAUCCUUUUGUUCCCUGAAGCAAUACAAUCCAUCAGGACGUUCUAUCAACAAUUUUACGUUUGUGCCUAUGCUGUAAAAAAAC